GCCCCUGGUACUUUAGUUUCUAACCGUAGACUACAGAGAACCAUCGCUCUCUCGAGAGUCACCCAGGAAUUACCUUCAAUCCUAAGCACGAACCCUAGGUCCACCAGAGAAAAGCAAGAACUUGAUGCCAAGAUACGAUUAUUGACGGGAAAGCGUCUAAUGGCAACAGGAGUUUACUACAAAGGGGGCCAUGGGGAAUUCCUUUUUAAGAAAGGAAUCGAGGGCAAGCGAAGAUUUAGAGCCAGCCACGGGACUGUGGCAACAUUAACUCUUGCCUUAAAAGAGAAACUUCUCAGGAAAAGACCAAGCAAGAACACUGAAAUCGAGGAAUUCACUAAGGAAAUUAACGGCCAUAGUGUCAAAGGAUUCAUCGAAGGAAUUGACGGAUAUCUCCUCGACAUGCAAGAAUGGGGGGACAUCAAUGAAGAGCAGAAAAGACACGAAGAAACCCAGAGAGUUAUGCAAACAAAGUCAGAGGAAUUAGAACAAGCUAUACUCGUUAUUCAACGACAAGAAGAACGCAUUCCAGGAGGCAGAAUCCAAUGUCACAAAGAACAAAAGAAGGAGCCUACUCUUACAGAAGAGAAUUUCGUAGAAAGGCUAAUAAACGUAGAAAAAUGGCAAGAUUCUCAAGAAAGAGAGAGUCACCCCUUAGAUGAAGCAACUACGUUCUAUUCUUUUAAGUGA